AUGACAAAAUCAGAAACAUCUUUAAUGAUUAGUCAAACAGCCCAUGAACAUGUUUUAUGUGUACUAGUACCGUUUCGAAAUGCGUUCACCGAAUUAAACGAAUUUAUACCCUUCAUGAACGAAUUUUUAAAUCGUCAGAAAAUCAAGUUUCAUUUCAUUGUUGUUAAUCACAUACUAGAUGGGAAUCGUUUCAACAAAGGCUCAGUGUUCAACGCCGGAUUCGAUCUAAUUUCAAAAAAAUACACCGAUUGUGAUUACAUAGCCCUUCACGAUGUCGAUUUACUACCUUUGAACGAUGAAAUUUCUUACGCGUAUCCAGGAGACGAUGUGUAUAAUGCGGCGAACCCUGAUUAUCAUCCUUUAGGAGAAUAUUACGAUCCUGCGAGAUAUGUUGGUGGAAUCUCGUUGAUAUCAAACAAACAAUACAUUCGUGCCGGAGGAUUCGGUAAUAACUUCUGGGGAUGGGGAGGCGAAGAUAGGAAUUUUUUCUAUCGUAUGAGCAACAAUUCAAUCAACAGAGUUCGUCCUACUGACCUUAGCACCGAUCGAACUAAUACAUUUAAGAAUAUCCACUCGCCUCAUCGUUACAGAGAUUUCGCCAGAUGUGGAAAUCAAACAGAAGCUGAGUUGGUAGAAUAUGAUUUUGAAACAGGAUUUCAUAACGUAGAAUACCAACUUGAGUACACUCAGCUUCUCACCAUAAAGGGAAUUUCGUUCAAUUUUUUCGGUAUUAGUAUACCUUGCGAUUAUUCUAAAACGCCCUGGUGCAAGCCUUUCUGUAAGAAUAAUAUCUAA